AACGUCUCAUGGAUUGCCUAAUUCUCUUUGGGCUGUAUGUACCACAUUGUUUUGUUAUGAUUUAAUUUCAUUCAUUUCUUUCAUGUGUGCACAUAUCAAAGCACGUGAGUAAUAUUCUUGUCAAGAUUUCGUGUUUUCUCCGGCCGAAUUAGUAAAAUUAAUCAUGGUGAAGAAAAAGAUCGACAACCGAAUCCGUGUGAUGAUCGAGAACGGAGUUAAACUAGGCUACCGUACUCUGUUUGUAGUCGUCGGAGAUAAGGGUCGCGAUCAGGUGCCAAUUUUGUACGACAUGCUAACUAAAGCUUCAGUUAAGACGCGACCAACAGUGUUGUGGUGUUACAAAAACAAGGACGAAGCUAUUUCCAACCAUGGAAAAAAACGGGCGAAGAAAAUUCAGUCUGGAAAAAUAGAUAUCAAUGAAUCGGAUUUGUUUGAUAUAUUCCGAGUUUCGACGACGAUUCAUGGCAGAUACUAUAAAGAUACCCACACUAUUCUUGGCAAGACUUAUGGAGUUUGCGUUCUGCAAGAUUUUGAGGCUAUCACCCCUAACUUGCUCGCAAGAACGAUUGAAACAGUUGAAGGAGGUGGGUUGAUUAUUCUUUUGCUUAAAACUAUCAGAUCGUUGAAGCAAUUGUAUACGAUGAGUAUGGAUGUUCACAAGCGGUAUCGGACCGAAGCGCACCAAGAUGUAACGUGCCGAUUCAAUGAGCGGUUGAUUCUUUCGCUGGCCGACUGUUCACGAUGUCUCUUGGUUAAUGAUGAUUUGACUAUUUUGCCACUAUCAUCGAAAACAGCUGAGAUAAAACCUGUGGAAAUGGUAUCGACACAGAAAAAUCCCAACGAUGAACUGUUAGAAGAAUUGAAAGAAAAUCUUUCGGAUGCUCCACCGGCUGGACCACUUGUGAAUCUCUGUAAAACACACGACCAAGCGAAGGCUGUUGCACAGUUUAUUGACGCUUUAGCUGAGAAACAACUGAAACCUCCCACCUCUCUAACGGCAAGCAGAGGUCGAGGUAAAUCUGCUGCUAUGGGAUUGGCUAUUUCGGCAGCUGUUGCUUUUGGUUAUGUUAAUAUUUAUGUCACGUCGCCUUCACCAGAGAAUCUUAUUACACUUUUUGAGUUCAUUAUGAAGGGAUUUGAUGUUCUGGAGUACCAGGAACACACCGAUUACACAAUUAUUCGAUCAACGAACCCGGACUUUAAUAGAGCUAUUAUCAGAAUCAAUAUAACUCGCAACAAUCGUCAAACCAUUCAAUACAUUUCUCCCUCUGAUUCACACUUGCUGAAUGCUGCGGAUUUAUUAAUAAUCGAUGAGGCUGCGGCUAUCCCCCUUCCAUUGGUUAAAUCAAUGCUUGGACCCUAUCUGGUAUUUAUGGCCUCGACCAUAAACGGGUACGAAGGGACAGGACGUUCUUUGAGCCUGAAACUCUUGUCGCAGAUUCAGAAAGAUAGCAGUGCUCCACCUCCGAUAAAAUUAGAGGAAUCGAUUCGAUACCGACCACACGAUCCAGUUGAAAGUUGGUUGACAUCUUUGCUUUGCCUUGAUGCGUCAGUCGUACCCAAUCUUAACUCUGGCUGUCCAACACCGGAAGCAUGUGAGCUUUAUUACAUUGAUCGAGAUGCUUUGUUUUCCUAUCAUCGUGCAGCAGAAGCAUUCCUACAGCGUGUGGUAUCGAUUUGUGUUUCUUCUCACUACAAAAAUAGCCCCAACGAUCUGCAAAUGAUGAGUGACGCCCCGGCACACCAUCUGUUUUGCCUUUUGGGUCCAAUCACAAAAAAAGACCAACUUCCAGAAAUUCUCGUUGUAGUUCAGAUCAGUUUGGAAGGGCAGAUAUCAUCGUUAUCGGUACAGAAUUCUUUGGGUCGUGGCAUGAAAAGUGCUGGAGAUCUCAUUCCGUGGAAUAUAGCUGAACAAUAUGGCGAUAGUCAGUUUCCUAAACUGAGCGGAGCUAGAGUUGUUCGAAUUGCGACGCAUCCCAAUUAUCAGAGAAUGGGCUACGGCAAACGUGCUUUAAAGUUGCUUAAAAACUAUUACGAAGGAAAUUUUACUUCGCUCACCGGGGAUGAAUCCGAAGAAGAUGAGAAUGGCUUCCAAACUAUUGACGAUGAAGAUGUGGACCUGUUGAAAGAAAUUAUUGAACCUAGGAAAAGGGUUCCAACACUAUUGAAACGGCUUUCCGAGCGACGCCCGGAACAUUUAGACUACAUCGGAACAUCUUUUGGCCUUACAAAUGAUUUGCUCAAAUUUUGGAAAAGUCAGAAAUUCGUUCCAGUUUAUCUAAGCCAAAAAGAAAACGAUCUGACUGGUGAACACUCAUGUAUUAUGAUUGCACCGAUAAGCAACAGCUUGGAUAAAGUGGAAAAUAGUGACUGGUUGAAUCAAUAUUUUAUCGAUUUUCGAAGAAGAAUUUUGAAACUUCUUGGUAAAUCGUUCAAUAAAUUUGGCACAGGAAUGUCGCUAUCGUUAUUGGAUAAUCGGGCAGUCAAAGCCUCUGAACAAGCACUUUCACAAAAAACGAUAGACGAGUACUUUCUGCCGCACGACAUUCAGCGGCUUGAAAUGUACACUCGUAACCAGGUCGAGUAUAGGCUGAUAAUGGAUCUGAUAUCGGAUCUGGCAAUGCUUUAUUUCCAAUCUAAAAUGUCUGGCGUACAGAUAGAUUCUUUACAGAAAGCUAUUUUGCUAGGGAUCGGAUUGCAACACAAAAGCAUCGACAUUUUAGCAGAUGAGUUCAAUAUGCCUAACAAUCAAGUGCUUGCUAAGUUCUACGACUGCAUAAAGAAAAUUACCAAAUACAUUAACUUACAAGUCGAAAGUACCAUUGAAAGAACGAUGGUGAAUGAAAGCACACUAAACACCGGUACCGACUUGGUGGCGCUUAACAAAUCAAUAAAUGAAGAUCUAGCAGAAGACGUCAAAAUUUUACAGAAGAAACAAAAGAAACAACUGGCCAAACUGAAAAAAGAAAAUCUGGACCAGUACGUGAUCAAAGGUACGGAUGAGGAGUGGAAAAAUGUGCUGACCAACACUAAAUCGGCUAUUGUUUCCAUAAAAAGCGGAGAGAAGCGACUAGGGGAUAGUAAGGAACUUACAAUCGAGGAUAACGCAAACUCCUUUAAGAAAAAGAAAGCAAAACACAAUUUUAGUAAGAAACAAAAAUUUGGUAAAAUUAAACAUUAACUGGCUGUUUUUUGUAAAAAAAAUAAAAGUUGUAGAUUAAUACAAUGUUAA